AUAGAAGCAGGUCACAACGUUCAAGUAAUUUCCCUAUGUAAACUGGUAGGGAAAUUAAAAGAAACGCCUAUUGCAUCAUAAUUUAGGACAUAGGAAAGAGAAUUUCUUUUUUGUUUUAUAAACCUCUUCUGACCGAAACAUUUCUCGAAAAGAAGACGCAUAUUUAUGAAGGCAUGGAAGAAAACCAAGAAAAAGAAGUCGGGUGUACGAGGAAAAUAAAUGUUAAAAUUACUCGUUCCUCAUAAUAGGAUCCUAUGGAAUAGAGAAAAAGGAAGACGAGAAAUAAAGUCAAUAUUUUAGAUUUACAAGUAUUAGUGUUUAUGUAUAUUUAUUUAAAAACAACAAAACUAGCAUUACUGAGCACAACCACAUUUUUACGUUGGAUAUUCUUCCUCAAUUGAACGCACAAUUCAAAAAAUUGAAUGGCUACAGAACACAAUUUGCUGGUAAGACACAUGGAGAAGAGUCUGACAACUAUAGCGAAAGAUGGGGAAAACCAGUUGUAAACAGAAAUAAUAACACAUUGUAAAUUAUCUAUCACCUCAAUUAUAUACAGACAAUUUAUUUUUCACCCUAGAGUGGAAGAAACAUUCAAGUUAACUUCGCGAAAUUUUACUUAAACAGCCAGUCACCCCUAAGCGCCCUCAGGAAGUGCAGUUAACUGUGACAGCAAUUUUAACACACUAAAUAAUUAUUAGAAUAUUUCGCUAAAAUGCAUGGAAUCGUAUAUUUUUAUUGAGAAACAAAAAAAAAUAAUUUAUAAUCGUGGUGUUCAUGCUUUUUUCCUCCAAGGCUCGAAUCGGGUAAUAACAUUAAAUUAAUUACUAAAGAGAAAGAGAAGGUAAGAAGAAAACAGAACGAAACGAACACUCCCCCUUCCUUCUCUCUCUCACUCUGUGUAACAGAUUUUACCGUUAACUUUAUAUAUGUGACGUGGUUUCCUGCUGGAGCGAAAACGAGGUUUGGAUGAGGUCAAGUGUUACUCUCCUCCUCCAUCAGACACACUCUACUCCUCAUGGCGCAACUGCCCUCCUGUCUGCGUAUAGCUCAUGAAUUCGAACACAAAGCUGUAGUACAAGAUUUGUCUAUCAGCUUUGGGCAUGGCAACUUAUUGACAUCCUUGAAAAAACAUUGGAAAACCUUUGUACCUGUCGUAUAUGCUCCUGGCCAGGAAAGUGCUAAAGAAGAGAGGCUCUCUCACAAGUUAAUAUUUCAUCCGUUGGAAACCUUUCUUUGUGGCGGAGAUCCAGAAACAGAGUUUAAACAGUUAAAAGAAAAAGAUGCCCCAUCGCAAAUCUGUGGCCAUGUUUUCAAACAUGGUGAGCCAAGUUAUUCUUGCAGGGACUGCGCAAAUGAUCUCACUUGCGUCCUGUGUAUCAAUUGCUUCCAACAAAGUGUUCAUAAGAAACACCGCUAUCGGGUGAGUUUUCCCUUUUGUUCCAAUAUUGCUGAUCUCAAUGAGGUUGGUAAAAUAUGCAGCAGUGCUAAUCUGGAUUUUAUUUUAUUGGCUAUACACAUUGCCUGUAGAUUUGAUCGGCUUGCUUCUCUUCCUGAUGAACUAAUAGCCCGUGCCAGCGAUCUCUUCAUUUCUGUGCUACAGUAUUCUAUAGAUAUGAUGACUUGGGAGACCUACGACAGUCUACCCUUUGAUCUCAGACCUGAUGGCGAGCCAGAUGAUUUAUUUGUCACCAUUCUCUUUAAUGAUGAGUUGCACACAUUCGACCAAGUGAUCAAUACACUUCAAAAAGCAGUUGACUGCUCAGCAAAACAAGCAGCAGACUUUUCUACAACUGUUGACCGAGAAGGAAGAAGUGGUAUAAAAACUGGAGGUUUCAUCGUUUGUGAUAAAGCAAGAAAACAUAUUGAACAAAUGUCAUCACGAGGAAGCUCCAAACCUCUCAAGGUUCAGGUUAUGCAUACAACUGUUGUUUCCCAUCAGAAGUUUGCGCUAAAAGCUAUUCAAUGGUUGCAGUAUAUAAUUUCUAAAUCAGAUGGGCUGCGAUAUUUAUUUUGUAAGUUAGCCAUGCAGCCUUCUGAAAGUGGUUCACUGAUGGAGCGUUUGAUUCUGGCUGAUACCAAGCUGUGGAAAAUUGCCAGAAUACAAAGUCAUCAGCUAUUGAUGAGUGGGGUGCUGAGAGAUCAGGAAUGUAAACGUCAGUUUGGAGUGAUGUUUACUGAGAAAUAUUCUCAACUGAUGGAAGACUUUUUACAAGAUGACCACGACCAUGAAGUGUCCGUCGUGUCCCUUUCUGUCCAAAUCUUUACUCUGACCAGUCUGGCUCGUUUCCUAAUCACAGAACACAACCUGUUGGGAGUGAUAUUGCAGACCUUCUUAAAACAAUGUGAAAGUAAAAAGAAUAAGAGAGGAAAAUUAUCAUUUGGAAGAAGUGAAAAUGGCAACUCAUUUAAGAGAGCUUGGUUUAUACUAUAUGAUCUAAAAUAUGCAUUGCUGUGUAAACCAAGUGCUGAAGAGUGGACAGACCAAUUGAAGAAAAGCUUCUGCAAUGGCUUUAAUGCAUUGCUUGAUCUUUUGAUAAGCAUACAAGGAAUGGAUUCUGUCACCCGUAAAACUGGUCAACAUUUAGAAAUAGAACCAGAAUGGGAAAGUGCAUUUAAUCUUCAACUUCGUUUACAAGAUAACAUUGCUUUGUUUUUGGACUGGUGUGGCAGUAAUGCUUCAGUUUUUAGUGACUGUUUUAGAUCUACUCUUUGUACCCUUUACCAAUGUAGAGAUAAACUGGAUGCCCAUAAAAUGGAAGAUUGUGAGGUUGCAGGAAUUGUAGCUCAGUGUAUAAAAUAUGAUGUUGCUAGCCAGCCUGUCAGUAUCCAUUUACCAGUUAUUCGCCUCUUUGCCGGGCUUUAUCUACAUAUGGACAAAUUUGGUAUAUGUUCUCCAGAGAUGAUUUCACAGUUGUUUCUCUUUCAGAUCUUCUUUUAUAACAAUGUAAGAUGCCGUGUAGAAAUGUAUGAUAAAGAUAUUGUUAUGUUACAGAUUGGUGCUUCUCUUUUAAAUCCUGAUGAGUUUCUCAUUCACUUGUUGAACAAGUAUGGUUUACUUGCUUGGGUCAAGUCUAAUUAUGACGAUCCAGGUGGUCAAGAAGAUUCUGUCAGACAAACCAGUGUGCUUGCUGAGGAGUUUCUUAACCUUUUAAUUAUAAUUUUGGGUGAACGUUACACUGUUGGUGUGGGGCAAGUAACCCACAAAGACGUUGUCAAGAGGGAAAUUAUCCACCAGUUGUGCAUUACUCCAAUGGCACACAGUGAACUUGUAAAAGCCCUACCCGAAGAUUGGAAUCAUGAGACUGGAAUUGAACUUGUGGUGAAUGAAGUCGCAAAUUUUAAGAAAAGUCAAGUUGGAGGCAAAGGACACUAUGAGCUAAAACCAGAGUAUUGUGAGCAAUACAAUCCCUAUUUCUAUCACUAUAGCAGGUCAGAGCAAUCUAAAUCUGAAGAAAGUCAAAUGAAGAAAAAGAAGCAAGCUGGAGAAGAUCGAGCUUUACCACCACCAGCCCCUCCUCGGUUCUGUAAAUUAUUUGCUGGAGUACGGAAUGUUUUGAGUUGUGAUGUAAUGAUCCAUAUAAUGACAAUUGUACUGUCUCGAACAGCUGCUGAACGCUCCAGAUCAUGGUCCGAGACUCAAUUUGAAAGGGUAGUGCAUCUAAUUGGACUGGCUCUCCACGAACAGAAGGCAGCCUAUGAAAACAACGAGCCUUUUGAAUUUCUUGCAAAAGCUACAAAAGAUGGUCAGAAUAUUCUCAAGUUAUUACAUAGUGUUGUUGGCAGUGAGAAUCUUACUCAGGAAUAUCAGAGCAAGCUCCUCAAAUGGGUUCUUAAUAAAUUUGCUGCUGUGAGGAAAAUGGAGAAUGAAUUUGAAAGUAUUUCCAGUAUAAACAAUCUGAGCAGUACUUAUGAUGUUAAACGGGAGCAGGAGAAGAAGAAGAAGGCCGAGUUGGCGGCUAAACGACGGCAACGGAUUAUGUCACAGCUGUCUGCAAUGCAACGAAGCUUUAUUCAAGACAAUCCUUCUCUCUGUGAGAUGGCAACAUCCGGCCUGACCUCAGCUUGGUCAGACAUGGAUUUGAGUGAACUUACAUCUACUCCUUUCCCUGUUGCAUUGGGUUGUGGACAAACUAGCACCAACAACGUAGUCCCCAUUAAAGCUGUGUGUAUUCUGUGUCAAGAAGACCAAGAGAUUUCUUACAAUGCACGUGUAAUGGUUCUUUCAGCCCUUGUACAAAGGUCUUCUGUCUUAUCUCAAUCAAGAGGCAAACACAUAAACAACGAAGAUGAAGAUCCUUUAUUUAUGUCUUCAGACCUUUUUUGUGGAACUCACACCAGCUCUUGUGGUCAUGUGAUGCAUGCUGACUGUUGGCAAAGAUAUUUUGAUGCCAUUGCAGCAAAAGAACGUCGCAGACCUUUCAGAUACCGAAAUACCUGUAGUUACAACAUUGAAAAGUUAGAAUUUUUGUGUCCCCUAUGUGGAGCAAUUAGCAAUACUGUGAUUCCUAUGUUACCACCGUUGAGCACAUUAAGGACAGUUGCUACAGGAUGUGACAUUGACCAACAGAAGGCAGUAGAUCUCAGCUUCAAUGAUUGGUUAGAUGGCAUCCAAAAGACUGUGCAAGCCAGUGUCAAAGCUGCUGUUGAUAAAGAGUCUGAAGAUGAGAGCUUACUGUUCCAACCUUGUCCUAUUUCCACGAUAACAAAACUAAUGGCUGAAAGUGUUGCCAAGAACUUCACUCUGUUAUGGAAUUAUGUUUAUGAUGACAAUAGUGGCCACUUUUCAGAGAGCAUGAGGGAAAUGAUGAAAAAGUUUGCUACAGAUGUAUAUACUGUAAGUAUAUUAAGCUCUCGGCUACCAAAACUAUCUAUCAACCAUUUGGGAAACAUUACAUUGGUAUUUUCUUGUUUUCGUUUUUCAGCAUUAAUUCCUGAUGGUUUGGAGAAAAAACAUGAACCACCCUGCAUUCUUGACUUAGAUAUGUUUCACUACUUAACUGUGUUGGUAAUGUCGUUGCCAACUCUCUAUGCUGAGGGGCAAACUUCACUGCUUACUACGUUCCCCACAGGCAGCCUCAAUGAUCAACAUGCCCUGCAAUUGGUUCUCACUGCUCACUUGGUUCAGAUUCUCCUUGUCUAUGAACCAGAGUCACAAGAUAUGAUGGAAAUGGAAUGCGAUACUGAUGAUGACGGUUUGGUGAUGAUCUACAAGAAACUAAGGGAGAAAGCUGGAUUGAGUUGUGAUGCGUGUGAAGUAUGUCCUUGGACACUCUCUACUCAUCUCAAACAAGCCUGUCUGCCUUUCUUGCGAUGUGCCGCGCUUAUGUAUCAUUGCAUAACAGGAGUUUCCACACCUCCUGAGCUUCAAGAGAACUCCAGCAACCAGUUUGAAUUUGUUUGUCGAUUUUUAGCUCUCCCUUCAAAAUUGACUACAUUAUUUGAAAAUCAAGGAGAUAUUAUUUCUGAACUCAUGGCUAGGUGGUGCAGCCAUCCAUCCAUCAAAGACCACUUCACAGCAAGUAACCAGAAGAUUAUUAGAUAUCCUUUACCACUGAAUCAUUUGGUCAAGUUACCUAACGAUUACAGUGAACUAAUGAAUCAAGUUUCAAGUUACACCUGUCCCCGGUCAUCUGGAGAUGAGAGCCGUGUACCAACAAUGUGCCUUGUCUGUGGUCAAGUCCUCUGUUCCCAUAGCUACUGCUGUCAAGUAGAAGUGGACAAAAAAUUAGUUGGUGCAGCAACUGCACACUCACAUGUUUGUGGUGCUGGUAUUGGGAUAUUCCUCAGAAUACGUGAUUGUCAGAUAUUUUUGCUAGCUGGCCAGAACAAAGGCUGUUUUCAAACAGCUCCCUACCUUGAUGAUUAUGGGGAAACUGAUCAGCUGCUAAAGAGAGGCAAUCCCCUCUGUCUCAGUGAAGAACACUACAAGCAACUGCACCGCCUUUGGUUCCAGCAUGAAAUUCCAGAAACUAUUGUCCAUAAUCUUGAGUCCAAUAACAGCCAGGUCAGCUAUGAAUGGUGGAAUUUGUAAUUGAUUUUGCUUGAAGCCAGCUGUAACCGGUUUAUGGCUACUGUAAUAAGAGCUGGUUCGCAAUUUCUCCACACGUACUGGGACGACCGGCCAGCCCUUGUCCAUUUGAUGUAACUCCUACUCUGCACACCUGUCAGAUGUCAGCCAGCAGCUAUCUCAGGACAAAUCAACCUACAGUUUUUCUUUUCUUUUCCUUUCUUUUUUUUUUUUUUCUUUUGUGUUUCUUUUGACAGUCUUUAUGAUUUAGUGACAUAGUAC